AUGGUUCUUGACCCCCAGAUAGGGACUUUUGCCUCGAAAGAAGAGACAGAGAACUGCCAUUGGUUUGAUGUCUCGAGCUAUGGAUCAAAGCUCAACAAGCCCGGCAAUGAAGAAAAGUGGUUUAAAGAAAGUGCAGAGUUGCAUUCCCAACUGCCGAUAUUUUGCGGUAACAUCAGAAUAUCGCUCGAGGAAGACAAAUUCAAACAACUGGUUGGCGUUCGCGAUGAAGAACUCAAAAGUUUUGCUCCCUUAGUGAAGCUGCAUGAGCACUUUGGGCUUGGUCCACCAGCAGAUCCAGAAUCUCUUGAUGAUUCAGAUUUGGAGUUUUUGGCUGGUCAAGCUAGCGAACGGGUAUCGAGAAUAGCUCUUCCUCAAGAAACGCUCCAGAUUUCCAAGAAGUUCUUGGUCGUAAGCCGAAACGCCAUGAAGUUGGUGGACAGUAGCGAUGCAUAUGCAUGUCCUUUUGAGAUUAUUGCCUGCGAAAUAGUACGUCAGCCAGGUUUUCAUGAAGAUGUGCUGAUUAUUUUAACAGAGAAAGGCACUUUAUAUACUGUGGCGUUUGAUGCUGAUUUUAGGCCGUUUGUUUUGCAAUGGUGGCACUCAGCGGAUUUUGUGGAUACACCUCGCGCGCUAAAUGUUCACCCCUGUUUUGGGGAGUUUCUUGUGACUACAGAUUAUAAUCUUCAGUUUUUCAAGUUCACUAGCAACUAUCGCUUUGAGCUGAUCAGUAACUUGACCUUUGAAAAUAGCAUCAUAACAGGGUCGACAUUCCUUCACAAUGGCUACAGACCAGACCAUCUGAUGGCAUUUUUGGCACUUUCUCUUUCAGAUAGAAUUACUUUGUGCGUUGCUCAGUGGGGAAAUGUUCACGAGGAGAGGAAAGAGGUGCACCCUCUAAGUUUGCUAAAGAGCGACCCAAUUACAAGUAUCAUCUGCCUUGGCGAUACUCGGUGCCUCAUCUUUACCAACAAAGAAAUCGGACUUGUCACAGCAAAUCAAAUUAUCUCGGGCGAGUUACCAAUUCCUUGUUUCCAGAGAUCUCGUUUAGGCGAUGAAGUUCGAAAAUGUUUUGAUGACCCCGACCUGCUUUCAAUGCUCAAGAGUAUUCGGCCAGAAUUGAAUGACUUUGUGCACUGCACCGUUCUUGCAACCUCAAAUGGCGCGCUUUGUUGCUGUCUGAUAGAUGAUAAAGACAACACAAAAUUUUUAGCAUUGACUAGAUUCAAAGGCCUGUGCAACGCUUUUCUAGCGCUGAAUAGUUGUAAGCCGGGGAACUUUUACGCUGUCAUAAUAUCAAGUUUUGGGCGCUUGUUUGAGAUCUUGCUGGAUCUUACAACAAUAGAGGAAUUAGUCAAAGAUUACAAGAUACCAGCCUUACAAAAUAUUGUAAGCAGGCGUACUCUAUAUGCCGGUCACAUUGCCGGCGAUUCUUUGCUUUAUGUUGCGCCUUCUCAAAUUUAUACGACGAAACAAGAUUGUCUUUUACUACUUUCCCAAGCAACAGUGUCCCGAAUUACCGUGGGUGAACCGAACUUGAGCUGUUCCAGAUUGUUAACUCUGAGGUCUUUCAAAACACUCAACAAAUUAUGCAUUAUUGAUUGUAGCACUUUGCCAGAAAAAUGGAAAAAGCACUUUUUAGACCAGGACGCAUCCGCAGAUGUCUUGCGAUUCUUUAUGAUUGAGAAGACCCCUGCAGGCUCUUCGAACCUUAUUUUGCUCGAAUGGGAUCCUGGUCAUAAAGUGUCAAGGUCGAGAGAACUCGAUGGUGUUCUUAGAGAUGAAAAGCGCGACACAGUUUUAUUCUUCUUCACUGAGGAGAACAUUAUUCAGGUAACGCCACGAACAAUCUAUGUCGACGACCUAGAAGAAACUGGCCGCUAUGAACACUUUACAUCAUGGCCCCUUACUGGAGCUUUGAAUAAUGGUAAAAUGCUGAUUGCAUGGAAUUCAGAGACAGGAAAAAUGCUGUUCUGCCCUGACAUUGAAUCUGCGAGUUCUGAAAAUUUCUUUGAAUUUACCUGCCCAAUGGAGAAUGAACGUUCGGUAAUCACUGCCGUUUCGUUUAUAAGGGCAUCUUCCAUGAGGGCAUGGGUCACCGUGGUUUGCGAUGGUACUGUUUUCUACUUUGAUUGUAGCGCGAUUUCAGAUGGGAUCGAGCCCGUCAGAUGGUUUACAGAUCACCGUAUUGUAUUUGGAAACUCAUGUUUUGAAGGUUCUAUGUUUUGCAAUCUUGAAGGCGAGAUGUACUACUGCUCCCACACACCCCCGAUAGGAGACUGGCACCUGAGCAGGAUGAAUAUAGAAAUCAUGCACAAAGGGCCAUUGGAGAUUCGCUUUUUGAAUACUGAAUUAUGCCUUGUUUUUGCGCCCCAAAAUAUGCUGCUUCUUGACUUGAGAAAGCAAAGCGCAACAAAUAUUCCUCUUGUUGAUGGCAGAAGGAACUCCAUUAUCCUGGACGUUCAGUGCGUUAGAGGCCUUUACUUUGUUCUUUUUAGUGACGGGUUGGAAAUUUUAGAAGCUGACUGUUUUACAAAUACGCCUACUCAGAUCGUGGUUAAGGCUACUAGGAUCAAAGGGAAGAAGUAUUUCUACUCAAGAAAAAUCAACCGUAUGCUAAUAGCCAAUUUGAGAAAGAAAUGUCUCGACUGUGCGAAGUUAGAGAACGGAAAAUUGAUGUCCCUCGAUUCGAAAUGCAUGACUGACUUUGUGACAGUGUUUGAUAUAAUUACGCUUCCCGGAGACUCGCGCGCAAUUUUCCUGGUAAUUGCUGGUACUAUACCAGCAUCUGAUUCUAAAUUUGCAUUAAAACUCAUUGAGAUUUCGCCGUCUCCUGGUAAACUUGUUGUUCGAGAAGUCAGUUAUAAGGCGGUAGAUGCAGAUGAUAUAGGCCAUGUGCAGAUGAGAGCAUCGGCUGCAAACAAGUUCUGGAUUUCUUGUGGCAAGGCCGUUCAGCUGUUACAACUUAAACCUGACGGCUUUGAUUUUGUGCGUAAAAGCGAAACGCUUCCGCAUGGAAUUUGCUGUUUUGAUGCUACUAACGAUUUGCUAGUUGCAGCGACGGAGAAUGACGAGCUCUAUGGCGAAUGCAGGAUUUUGGACGGCGACUGGCGAGCUCUUAACAUGAUCAAUCUUCAUGGCGUCAAAGGUCGCUUGAAGGUCAAUAUCAUCAAUGACAUGUGCGUGGCUGUUUACGGUGACAUCACUGACAAGAAAGGUGCUCUCGUCAGUCAAAUAUUUUUUUACCGAGUUGUAGGUGCACGCCUUGAGUGCUAUAACACGAUAACAUUUAAAGAGUCCAUUCGCGAUGUUCAAUACUCACAGAAGAAUAACGAGUUGUGCGUCCUUCAAGAGGAUGGUGUCAUCCGUUUAUUCCAAGGUGUUGAGAAAGAGCACGAGAUCCAAGGAAUUAUCGGCCAACCGGAAAGUAUCUGCUUUUCUCAUGCUUCGUCACAGUCCGGUUGUUGGCGAAUAUCUGCUACGGAGUUAUCGCCAGUCACAAAGUAA